GUAUAAGGCGCUAUGUACUAUUACUUUACUUGAAAAACUAAAAAGCUGUAACUUGACAUUAUAUAGUAAAAAACUCAAAGAAUUUUCUAAGCCUUAUGGAAGAACGUCCUGUCAAAGAUCUCAAACUCUCCUUUUACGUAAAUUGACACAAAUGGUCGUUACUGUGUUAUAGCCUGGUGUUUUGGUUCAUGCAUGGCAUUGUAAACUGGAUAAGCCAGGCCAGUUUACUGACGUUUGCUGAGGUAAGUGUGCCUUCCAGGGAGAGCCCUGCAAAGGGGAAGCACUCCUGUGUGUCCUGGGCAGGGCUGCCCAGUCUCCUGUGCCUGCCAGUGUGGCCUGUGUGCUGCUGCCUCCUGCUUCGUGUUGUGUAAGGACCCGGUGGCUCCUCCCUUACGGACAACCGUGUGCUCUGUAGUUAUUACAUUUACUCAGCAUCAGUCUCUUGGUUUUGGGAGUGGCCUGUGGUUAUGUAAGACCACUGGGAAAAGUUGACGGGAGGGUGAUGUGGAGUUGGAGCUAUUUCUACAACUGCUGAAUUUUAAAUUAUUUCAGGAUAAAAAAAAUUUAAACCUUUGUCCAUGCUGUUUCCAGUUUCGUUUUGUUUUUCUGAUUCAAAGUGGAAGCCUGUAUUUUUGUAUGGGCGUUAAAAAGUAAUCUUUAGUUGAAUGACAUCGCACUUGCAGGUGAGCACCCACAUCUGGGUAUAAAAUUCAGCUGUUUUAUGCAAAGUGAAGGUGCUCAUGGGCCAGCAGCCAGGUGGAGAGAGAACUUAGUAACGAGCCCACUUGUCUCACGAUGCAGCCCAGGUUGACCACAGCUAUACGCACAGUUCAGAUGUUAAAACUAAGUAUAGGAGGAUGUUAGUGAACUUCUUUUUCAUUUCAUCCAAAGCAGAAUGUUGGGUUUAGAAAUACUGUGGUUGUGCAAUGAUGACAUUGCCUUAUUGUAAAUUAACCCUCUUAAUUAGCAGUUAUGCAGGGAUACUAACCUUUCGACAGAUCCGCAGGGAACCUGAGCCCACGUUCAUGGUGACUCCUGCUUGGUUGUUGAUUGUCGGAGCUCAUCCUGCCGUUGGCUGUGCAGUCAGGUCCACAUUGGUGUCUGCGGAGCACAGGAGAAGUCUUGCCAAGCCAAGACGAUCCUCAAUUAUAAAAUCAGUACUCUGAGCACAUAAAGCCUGAGGAACUCUAAAGCAGAGACAUAGUGGGAAUAUUUUGUUUAAGGCACAGCCAAGUCCUCUGAAGGCCAGUAUUUAGGUUAGAGUCAUAUAUGGGCUUGUCUGACAUUUUUUACAUCCCCUUUUCACCCCUGGGUGGCUUGUGGCAGUUACAGGAUUCUCAACUUCCAUGGAAUGCCUAGGAAGUUCCAUAAACUAAAGGUGCGCCUGGAUUUCCACCUCCAGGUUAACUGAGGCUGUGGCUGCUUGACAGGACAGUAUCUCCUUCCCCGGCUGCCGAGGGUGAACUCCUGAACCCCUGUUUCCUUUUUUUUCCUCCUUCCACUGAGUUCGAGUCCAUCCGUGGCAGGUUGAUAAGUUUCAGAAUAACCAGAGCAGAGAGACCCUAAACCCUGCCACAGUUAGACUAUUCCUGUGACAGGUAGAACUCGCUGGUUCCUGAGCUACUGCCUUUGAGAAGGGCUUUCUGCAGAGCGUCUUCACCAGCUCAGAUGGAUUCCUCAAACACAUCCGCUAGAGUGGUAGUGCCCAGAUGGCCAGAGCUUCCUCCUGGGUCACGUCUGCUCUUACGGACCCAUCAUUCUCCCCUGACUGUAGUUAUUGAGAGGCUGGGGAGUAGAAUCCUUUACACAAAUGUAUAGUGACCCAUAACGACAUACGUUUUAUGUAUACGAUUUCUGGGUUUUCUGUUCCAUGGUGUCAUUGUAUAGAUAUUUUCUAAUCUCCAGUUUAUUGAGCAGUGAGAUAAGGCGCAGUGGACAAGCCGUGUGACACCUGUGUAUCGCGUGGACGGGUAACUCAGACCGUCAGCUCACCCCAGCAUCUCAGAGAGGAGUGGUGAGGCCGAGACGAGUGAGAGGCUCACUGUCAUGAGUGUUCAAGUAAAAUUAAUAUAAUUUUAUCUAGGCUGACAGUUUAUCUCCGCAUUAUUCUUAUUUCAGUGCUUUUGAAAUAAAGACAAAACCGUCACAGUUAUUAGUAGAAAUAGUGUCUGCGUUGGGCUUUACAGGUUACUGACUCUCAUUCGACCAUUAAAAUGUCUAGGUGGGGAAGAAACUGUGUGAAAUAAUAUAACUUUAAAUUUUUUGAUUGAUUGAUUAUGUUUUUGGCUAACAAGGAGGUCACUCAGGCAGGGAGCUUGUUGCUUUGAUUAGCAUUGCCCCCUACACAGCACAGCUCUUCUGCUCAUCCCAUUGUACUUGAGAAGCCAGCAUCCUGCCAGGACAUGGCCCGUCCUUUUCAUGGGAUAUUUCAUUUCAUUCUAAAAGGAGGAGUAGAGAUGAAGGUACACAUACACACAAAAUUUUGCCUCAUUUGUUUGCUGACAUUUGUUUUCCAUCAUUGCAACCACUGCCAUGACGACCAUGACCAUGGCCCCGAGGAGCUGCACAGACACCACCGUGGGAUGACGGAGUCGGAGUCCAGCAAGUUUUCAGUACAGGAUGCUGAAAAUGAAAAGAAGUACUAUAUUGACAAACUUUUUGACCGUUAUGGUGAAAAUGGAAGAUUAUCAUUUUUCGGGCUGGAGAAACUUUUAACAAACUUGGGCCUUGGAGAGAUCAAAGUGGUUGAGAUUAAUCACGAGGAUCUGGGCCACGAUCAUGUGUCUCACUUAGACAUUCUGGCGGUUCAGGAGGGGAAGCAUUUUCAUUCACACAGCCGCCAGCAUUCCCACAGUCAUUUCAACGCCGAGAACCGCACUGCGACCAGUGUGCCUGCACAGAGAAACCACAGGUGCGAUCCGGAGAAAGAGGCGGCUGAAGUCCCCAGCAAGUCUGAUGACAAACACCUGCAUGACCACAGUCACCGCCUCCGUCAUCGCCACCGCUCACAUCACCACCUGGAUCAGAACACGACUCAGCGUCUCCACAAUGAUUCUGUCCCUCACAGUGAGCACGGCGAGCCGGGUCACGGACCUUCCACAGAGACCAACAGAACCCAAGAACAGUCUGAAGUGAAGCCGUUGAAGGUCAGGAAAAAGGAAAAAGGGAAGAGGAAGAAAGAAAACUCGGAAGCUAACACACCAGGUUUCCUCCCCAACCAUGACCACAGUGAGCAAUACGAGCAUAAUCGGGUUCACAAGCCUGACCGUGCACAUAGCCCGGGUCAUCCGCAUGCACACCUUCCAGAGCGUGAUGCCCACGGACACCAAGAUCUUGAUCCUGAUAUUGACAGUGAACUUCGGCAUACGAGAAAGCGAGAAGCUCCGCAUGUUAAAAAAAGUGCAAUUUAUUCCACUGCUAGCCACAAAGACCACAGUGAAGAUGACCGCCAACAUGAAUGUCUGAACGUCACUCAGCUGUUAAAACACUUUGGUCUUGGCGCCAACUCUCCCAUCUCCCCCGAUUUGUUCACGUACCUUUGCCCUGCAUUGCUCUAUCAGAUUGACAGCCGACUUUGUAUUGAGCAUUUUGACAAACUUUUAGUUGAAGAUUUAAGCAAGGAUAAAACUCUGGUUCCUGAAGAUAAGGCGAAUAUAGGGGCGUCAGCGUGGAUCUGCGGCAUCAUCUCCAUCACUGUCAUCAGCCUGCUCUCCCUGCUGGGCGUGAUCCUGGUACCCAUCAUCAACCAGGGAUGCUUCAAAUUCCUCCUCACCUUCCUUGUGGCGCUGGCUGUAGGGACGAUGAGUGGAGAUGCCCUUCUUCAUCUGCUGCCCCACUCUCAGGGUGGACAUGACCACAGCCAUCAGCAUGCGCACGGGCACGGCCAUUCUCACGGGCACGAGUCGAAGAAGUUUCUGGAGGAGUAUGAUGCCGUGCUGAAGGGACUGGUCGCCCUGGGAGGCAUUUACCUACUGUUCAUCAUCGAGCACUGCAUUCGGAUGUUCAAGCACUACAAGCAGCAGAGAGGAAAACAGAAAUGGUUCAUGAAGCAGAGCACAGAAGAAUCAACUAUUGGAAGAAAGCUUUCAGAUCACAAGAUAAACAACACACCAGAUGCUGACUGGCUCCAACUCAAGCCACUUGCUGGGACUGACGACUCGGUUGUUUCUGAAGAUCGACUUAAUGAGACCGAACUGACGGAUUUAGAGGGCCAGCAGGAGUCGCCGCCGAAAACCUACCUGAGUGCCGAGGAGAAAAUCAUGGCCCGUUCUCAGAGCGACGGGCUCCACACCAUCCACGAGCAUGAGGUCCACGCGGCGUCGCGGAACCACCAGGACGAGGACAAGGCGGCGCUGAGGAAGCACACCCACCAGUGGCCCCACAAGCACGCCCAUCACUCGCACGGCCCCUGCCACUCGGGCUCGGACCUGAGAGAGACGGGCAUAGCCAACAUCGCCUGGAUGGUGAUCAUGGGGGACGGCAUCCACAACUUCAGUGACGGGCUCGCCAUUGGGGCAGCGUUCAGUGCUGGACUGACCGGAGGAAUCAGUACUUCGAUAGCCGUCUUCUGUCAUGAGCUGCCGCAUGAAUUAGGGGAUUUUGCUGUUCUCCUGAAAGCAGGCAUGACUGUGAAGCAGGCGAUCGUGUACAAUCUGCUCUCCGCCAUGAUGGCUUACAUAGGCAUGCUCAUUGGCACAGCCGUCGGCCAGUACGCCAACAACAUCACCCUCUGGAUCUUCGCCGUCACGGCGGGCAUGUUCCUCUACGUGGCCUUGGUGGACAUGCUCCCCGAGAUGCUGCAUGGUGACGGUGACAACGAGGAGCACGGCUUCUGUCCGGUCGGGCAGUUCAUUCUUCAGAAUUUAGGACUGCUGUUUGGAUUUGCCAUCAUGCUGGUCAUCGCCCUCUAUGAAGACAAAAUUGUGUUUGACAUCCAGUUCUGACCAUUCCUGGGCUGACUGCGAGAAUGUCUGUGCAGCUUGCCUCUGUUCCUUGUCCUACGCACAUUGCUCAGGGAAGUCAGCGGCCUGCACUACUCACAGGUCCCGUGGGGUCGAGCCUGACCACGCAGACUGGUGCUCAGUGCUGUCUGCUCUGCGUGAAUGGGCCUUUGAAAAACAGUUGUGAUAAAGACAGGAGAAGAUGGGACUCCAUGAACCAAUGUUGAUAGACGUAUAAGACUUUAAAAAAGAGAGAAUCAUAUAAAACACUACUAGUCUUUUUAUUAGUAGAAACUUCUGUGGCUAUGCAGAAAUAGAAAUUAAACCAAAAAAAAUCAUUUAAACUUUAAAAAUAUUUUAAAUGGACUUGGAGCAGACAUUUUUGUGUGAAUGCUAAGAAUGAAUUCUAGCGUCCUUUAAUUCAGCUCCAUAUAUACAUAUGGGAUUAAUAGGGAUCAACUCAACACAACUUGGAAACUGUAUAAAGUCGACUUUAGGAGCUAGAGGGAAGGCCAGGCUGCAUUAGAGUAUGGAUUUAGCAUUGGGAAAAGCCCGUAUUCUUGAAUCUAGAGUUACUAUUUUUGUAUAUAUUUGCAUAGUGUUCAAACUUGCAGCCGAAACUACUGAAAUUUGUGAUUGUAUGUUUGUGUGAACUUCACUUUAAUGAAAGAUUCUUAAUGGUUCUUUGCAUUACUAUACUUGGUGUUGGGGUUAUUUUCUUUUGUAACUUUGUUUUGAUUUGUGGGGAUGAGUCAGAGCAUGUACAAGAUAUGUUUUUCUUAAAAUUACCAUUCUAGACAAUAUCAAAGGUGUGGCAUUCCAUCUCCCUCGUACCAACAAUCGGAAAACUUAAGUUCUGAGUGUUCAUGUUACUUUACCGGUUUUGCAUUGGAACUCAGAGCACAUGCUGUGGCUGGCAGUAAAAUCCAAGUCUGCCAUGCUUAUCGUAUACAACUUAUCUGUAUACAACAUGUCGGCUAAACAGUUACUGCACUGGUACCAUGACUGCUGUGGUGCCAAGUUCGUGAUUAAGUCAAAAUCACUCUCAUUUUGUGCCAAGAUACACUGUUGGUGCCUGGGACAGAACAGUCUAUGUCUGCUGCCUGCUCUUACACCACUGGACAAGUGAUGUCUGAGAAGUGUGUGCCGUGUUUAGCCUGACUGUUGACCCAGUGACUUGUAGACUAGUCAUGUGCAGACAUCUCUGUCCAUACCUCAUGCCACUCGCUCCUCACUUCUGCAAGGAACCUGUGUCUGAACCGUGUGCAGCUAGCUUUACUUUACCUGCGCGGCAGUCAGGAGAGCCCUUGGGGAAAACAGACAACAAACCGUCAGAGCCAAACCCCGUCCAUUCCAUUUUAAAUGUUUUCAAAGACAAAAACAAGAAUAAGAGCGGCGCAUGCAUGCAGGUGUUAGCGGAUACUCGUCAGUAUUCAUUAUGUUCUAAGCGAGGGUGCCUCGGUGUAUUUCUCCUGUAAUUUAUGCUUGAAUGAACAGUUGUCCUUUUCUGAGCCCCCGCUCCCCUGAAGUAGUGGUCUGUCCACGUUUUCAGCCCUGGGCACAGCUAGGACAGUCCUCUCGCCUCGUUGCUUGGCCGUUUGAGCAGCCUGCUGAAAGGUGCUGGCCUACUGAGAACUGCCAACUUCAAGUGACUUACAUAUUUUGCUUUCAAAACCAAGAUAUGUUUGUUUGUGGUUCAUUUUUGAGCUUUACACCCCAGGAGGAUUGUGCAUCCCAGCAGUAAAUCUGCUUCAUUUAAAACAACGGCUAGAAUAGCCCAUUCUGAAAUGCCUGAUUUAAAGCCCAUCAGUUAUGCUUACAGUAUAGAAAGUUUGUCUUUCUUUGCUAGAUCUUCUUAACCGUUUAGGAGAGCUUUAACAGUUGCUGCUAGUAUUUUGCUAGGGUUCCACCAGUGUUUAGCUUUUGCAUCCUUCUAAUGUAUAGUUUCAGGUCUCACCAGACAAUCCUAAUUCCACUACAUUUCUGUUUGGCUCCAACAUUCCACGUGGCUUGAGCAGUCUGGUUCUACCGUGCGCUUGUUGGAGGUCACCAAUGUUCCCUGUCCAGUGCUGUCACCGUGUGACACCCAGUGGACUUUGGCGUUGUCACAUUCAGUCAGCUGUGGUUCUGCUUAGAAACGCUACACUUAGUUACCGAUGCAGUGUGAACCCGGUCCAUGACCAGGGAGUCAGCGGCUCAGAUGUGAUUAUGGUCCCGCAAGGUGAUACUUGCUAAAAUAUCUAAACAUUUUUUGUUGUUGUUGUAACUGAAUCAUUUUUUUAAAUUUUUAAAGCUGGAAGUGAUCAAAUGCUGUUUUUUUUUUUUUUUCAUUGUCAACAGUGGUGUGUCAUUUUAUAUAUGUUCCUAAUGCUUACGGAACUCUCCCAGAAUA